UUGGUCUUUAUUGCCGCGCCAUCAUGAGUCCGACCGUCGUUGAUGUCAAACACCUGGAGGCCAAAAUCAAAGAAGACCCGAAGCAUGCCAACGAGCUGUUGAAGAUCAUGGAAUGCAUGAAGGGUCACGACAAGGCCGCGGCGAUUGCCGCCGUGCAGUCACUCCGUCGCUUGUUCCUGUACUUCGCUGAAAAAGGAGAGCUCAAAGUGCCCUCCCAUGUUGAAGAUGCCGACCCCAUAUCUGCCUACAGCAAGUGGCUGUGGGAACACUACGUAGCAUUCCUGUCUUCCGUGAUUGCUUGGAUCUCUGAGGACGACGAAGCCCUUCAGGUGACGGCGCUGCGCACUGCGAUGGAGAUUGUGGCCCAACAAGGCACGUACAAAGGACUUCAGAGCGACACUGCGUUCGGCAACGAAACGUUCGUCCGUGUGGUCCGCCAGCUCGUGUCGGCGCCUGACGUGAAAACAAGCGAGGUCUUGAGCGUGUUCAAAGGCGAGUACUUGAACGCGUACACUGACGUGCAGUACUUUACGUUGAGAAACCUCAGCCAACUGCUCGAGACGACGACCAAAGUCGGCCCCCGCAUCAUCAGCAACAGCCUCGCCCUUCUUGACUCGAUCACCAUCCCCACCUCGGACGACGACGUGAUGCCGUUCCUCGUGGCGCCGCGCAAGAGUCCUGCCGUGGACGUUGCCGUGGACGACGACACGCCCGACGGUUCAACCAAGCGAUCGAUCUCCGACUCGUCCUCGAGCGGCCCCGAUAAGAAGAAGGCCAAAACGGACCCGUCCCUGUACGACCUGCGCGAACACCAGCGCGUGUUCAGUGUGUGUUGGAUUGCACUGCUCAAGCACAAGCUGUCGACGGACACGUACAAAGUGGUGCUGGCCAACCUACCCGACAAGAUCAUGCCGUUCCUGGCUGAGCCGCUGCUGCUCGCCGACUUUCUCACGGACUCGUAUAACGUGGGCGGCAUCACGAGCUUGCUUGCGCUCAACAGCUUGUUUGUGCUCAUUCAGCAGUAUAACUUUGACUACCCCGCGUUCUUUACCAAAUUGUACCAGUUGCUCGCCGACGACACGCUCUUGCGGUCGAAAUACAGAAAACGCUUUUUCAAGCUCUUGGCCAUGUUCUUGUCGUCGACCAACUUGCCCGCGUAUCUCAUCGCAGCCUUUGCCAAGCGGUUGUCGCGCCUGGCAUUGACAGCCGAACCCGGUGCCAUUCUAUUCAUUAUUCCGUGCGUGUACAACUUGGUUCUUCGCCACAAGGAGUGUCUCCAGCUCAUCCAUCGCACGACGACGUUGUCUGUCGCUGACCGAGCGGCGGAAAAGCGCGAGAUGCUGACAAUGAAGAACCACAUCGACGCCGCCGCCAAGGAAAUCUCCAAGACGAGCACGCGCAUCGAGCUCUCGGGCGGCCAGGAUCCAUUUGACAAUGACACGAACGACCCGCUGGUGUGCCACGCGCUCAAGAGUUCGCUGUGGGAACUGUUCAGUCUCAAGCAGCACUACCAUGCCGGCGUCGCAACCAAGGCCAAGAUGUUUGAAGAGAAAUUGCGCUGUCAAAUGAUCGACUUGGCCGAUGACGUGGACAUUUCGUACGCGAGUUUGGUGGACGACGCGCUCAAGCGCCGAGAGAAGCAGCACGUCGCGCUGGCGUUUGAGCCGUGCGUGUCCGUGCUCACCCCCACCGACCCCAUCGCUCAAAUAUUUGCCUUGUAAACUACUAUAUUUGAGUGUGGAUAUUUUCAUA